CCGUCCUCUACUUUGGACAAGGUGCGGCAGAGAAGAGCAGAACGGGAUCUUUGUGUUCCGAAUGACCGCGCACAGUGAUCCACUUUUCAUAGUCGAAUUCAGUGUUUCGAUGUGGACAAUUUUAAGGCUGCGUACGUCGAUAAUGUUUUAGUUUGUUCGAGGGUUUCUAUCAAAACAGGCAAUAUUUGCCCGCCACCGGAAAAGCGACGUAACAUUGGGUGCUAAUGCUACAAGAGCUAGCAGCCGAGACCUAUAUUCGACUACGUUGAUAUUUUAACAGCAACAACACGAUGGCCGAUGUCGACAAACUCAACAUUGAUAGCAUAAUUCAACGUCUCUUAGAAGUGAGAGGAGCGAAACCUGGAAAGAACGUCCAACUGCAGGAGAAUGAGAUUCGUGGCUUGUGCUUAAAAUCCAGGGAAAUCUUCCUGAGUCAACCCAUUCUUCUGGAACUCGAGGCCCCUCUCAAGAUCUGUGGUGACAUUCACGGGCAAUACUAUGAUCUACUGAGGCUGUUUGAGUAUGGGGGCUUCCCCCCAGAGAGCAACUACCUAUUCUUGGGAGACUACGUGGACAGGGGGAAGCAAUCUCUGGAAACCAUUUGUCUUCUGCUCGCUUACAAAAUCAAGUACCCUGAGAAUUUCUUCCUGUUGCGCGGAAACCACGAGUGCGCUUCAAUCAACAGAAUAUACGGCUUUUAUGAUGAGUGUAAACGGAGGUAUAACAUCAAGCUCUGGAAGACUUUCACAGACUGUUUUAACUGCCUCCCAAUUGCAGCCAUUGUUGAUGAAAAGAUCUUUUGCUGUCAUGGAGGGCUUUCUCCUGACCUGCAGUCCAUGGAGCAGAUAAGGCGCAUAAUGCGCCCCACUGACGUCCCCGAUCAGGGCCUGCUGUGUGAUUUGCUGUGGUCUGAUCCAGACAAGGAUGUGUUGGGCUGGGGGGAGAACGACCGCGGUGUCUCAUUUACCUUUGGCUCGGAGGUGGUGGCCAAGUUUCUGCAUAAGCACGACCUGGAUCUGAUCUGUCGUGCACAUCAGGUUGUUGAGGAUGGCUACGAGUUUUUUGCAAAAAGGCAGCUUGUCACUCUGUUCUCUGCACCGAAUUAUUGUGGGGAGUUUGACAAUGCUGGUGCAAUGAUGAGCGUAGAUGAGACUCUCAUGUGUUCUUUUCAGAUUUUGAAACCGGCUGAGAAGAAGAAGCCCAAUGGCAGUCGUCCUGUCACUCCUCCUCGCAAUAUGGUCACCAAGCAAGCAAAGAAAUAAAGGCUGUUCCAGCAUGCAGCGGCCACUACUGUUCUUUUGUUUGUUUUAUGUUUGAGGGAUUGGUUAACCUUAAUGUUGCCAGUACUGACAAGAUGUCCACACCCACCCUAUAAAAGCAAAAUAUGUUUUGUCCACAAGGGUCAAUUGAUAUGUUACCAUGAAAACCUCAGGUGUUUUGCACUCCAUUUUGCAGCUACACUUUGCCACAUAUGACUGUUCAAUCAUAAACAAAUGUUACAAUAAUGCUCCUUAUGCACAGGAAUGCCUUGUUUAUAUAGCUGUGCACAAUUUUAGCAGUUUUUCCACGUCCUGUUUUCUCAUUCUUUGCCAAAAAUGGCUAUUAAUGAACAUAAUUGAGGUAGUCACAAAUACCACUUUACUGUAUAUCUAUUCAGUCUAAAGUCAAUGAACAUUGUAUCACCACUUUACAUUUUUAUUCAUCUCUUGUGCUAAAGGAAAUGAUCUAACAAGCUCUCUUUUAAUGUCCAAAUCUUUCUAAUAAACUUUUAAGUGUAUUUACGGGGAUACAGAGAACCCUAA